CACCGAAGAAGAAGUGCCUCAGAAUAAAAAUGGCGGAGGCUGGUAAACGUGAGGUUGAUUUUGCGGACAGAAAUGAAACUGAUACUGUUAAGGCCAAACGACUAAAGAAUGACCCGAAUAGUGACCAAGAUAAUCACAAUGAAUCAGCAUCUGCAAAUCCUUUGUUCGGAUUUAAAACAACAACGGUUCUGCGGGACUCUGCACGGGAGAAAAAUAUGUUCAUACACGGAAAGUUGAACGACCAGGAUGCGGUCAUCAUUCUGGAGAAGACCCCUAUCAGGGAAGACACCCUGUUGGAGAUUUUCAAUGGCUCCAGACUGAAAUUGGACAUGAGGAAUGAUAUCUACAGCACGUAUCAACUCCAACCCCCUGCUCAUUUGAAUGAGAUGAAGACCACAGUGGUGUGUCCGGCCACAGAGAAGCAUGUGAAGAAAUACCUGCGCCAGGAGACCUACUUGGUGCAGGAGACUGGGGAGGACUACCGCUCUAUCACCCUACCUUACAUUCAGAGUCAGAGCUUCAGUGUACAGUGGGUGUACAACAUCUUGGAGAAGAAAGCGGAGGCAGAGCGCAUCGUUUAUGAGGACCCAGACCAGGACGUCGGCUUUGUCCUGCUCCCAGACUUCAAGUGGGAUCAAAAGCAGUUGGAUGACUUGCAUUUGAUUGCCAUCGUUCAUCGAAGGGACAUCAAAAGUUUGCGAGACCUGACAGCGCUGCAUCUGCCAUUGCUGACUAACAUCCACAAGAAGGGAGAGGAGAGCAUUCUGAAGCGGUACGGUGUGGCAGCCAGUAAGCUGAAGGUGUACCUCCACUACCAACCGUCCUACUACCACCUCCACAUCCACUUCAACGCCCUGAGCUACGAUGCCCCGGGCUGUGGGGUGGAGCAUGCCCACCUGCUUUCGGACGUCAUCCAGAACCUCCAGGCAGACUCCCAGUACUAUCACAGUCGCUCCCUCUCCUUCCCCCUGCGGGCUGACCAAGGCCUGCUCAGCAAGUUCAAGGAUGCUGGCAAGCUGUAGUGUCUAGAUGCCCAAACACGACAACACUACUAUGGAAGGACCUCAGAGGGAUGAACACGUUGGGAAUGGUGGUGGUUUGGAACUCUGGCCUUUUCGCAAUUGAAUUUGCUAAAAUCCUGUAUCUUCUCUUCUCCGUCCUCUCUCGCCUCCUUUUUAAAAAGGAAAAUAUGCUUGUAUGAAAUUACUCCUCCACUCGCGUGUUGCAUGAAUGACGUUUACAGGGGUAAAUCCAAAAAUACAUGUGUUAAGUGAUAAAGACAAAUAAAGUUAGUUGUGCCAGACAUUUUAUAGAUAAAACGAUAAGUAGCAUAUUGAUUUUCAACGUGUGCAUGCUUUUCUCCUCAGAAAAAACUAACGCUGAUUCAAAGCGGGUUUGGCAGAUUUCAGAACUCUUCCACGAAGGACUUGCAAGUUUAUCCUCACCUAUUAACGAAUUGACAUCUCCUCAACCACUUAUCGGGUUCCUGGUCAUGGAGGAGAGAGGGUGGAGGACAGACUUUCCCCAAAUGAGAAAAGGCCACAAAUGUCCGUCACUUUGACAUUCACUUACAAACCAAAAAUCAGUAUUAGAAAAUAUUCAUGCAGAUUUUGUUUUCUAAUAAUUUAGCCAGAUACUGUACAUACAGUGCCUUCAGAAAGUAUUCAUACCCCUUGAUUUAUUCUACAUUUUGUUACAGCCUGAAUUCAAAAUGGAGAAAAAAAAGUCUCACCCAUCUACACACAAUAGCCCAUAAUGACAAAGUGAAAACAUAUAUAUAUUUUUUUUAACAACAUUUUUGCAAAUGUGUUUCAAAUGAAAUGCAUCUCAUUUAUAUACGCAUUCACACAUGUUAGAAUCACCUUUGGCAGCGAUUACAGCUGUGAGUCUUUCUGAGUACGUUUCUAAGAACUUUGCACACUUGGAUCGUACAAUAUUUGCCCAUUAUUCUUUUCAGAAUUAUUCAACCUCAAGUUGGUUGUUGAUCAUUGCUUGACAACCAUUUUCAAGUCUUGCCAUAGAUUUUCAAGCAGAUUUAAGUGAAAACUAACUCAGCCACUCAAACAUUGUGUCUUGGUAAGAAACUGCAGUGUAGACUUGGCCCUGUGUUUUAGGUUAUUGUCCUGCUGAAAGGGGAAUUCACCUCCCAGUCUGGUGGAAAGCAAACAACCAGGUAUUCCUCUAGGAUUUUGCCUGUGCUUAGCUCCAUGAUGUUUUUAUUUUUUAUCCUGAAAAACACCCCACUCCUUAACGAUUACAAGAAUACCCAUAACAUGAUGAAUCCACCAAUAUGCUUGAAAAUAUUGAGAGUGGUACUCAGUAAUAUGUUUGGGGCAAAUCCAAUACAACACUUUAUAUUCUGGACAAAAAAUGAAUUGCUUUUCCACAUUUUUUGGCACUUACUUUAGUGUCUUGUUGCAAACAGGAUGUAUGUUUUUGGAAUAUUUUUCAUUCUGUACAGGCUUCCUUUUCACACUCAAUUAGGUUAGUAUUGUGGAGUAAAUACAAUGUUGUUGAUCCAUCCUCCCUUUUCUCUUAUCACAGCCAUUAAACUCUAACUGUUUUAAAGUCACUAUUGGCCUCAUGGUGAAAUCCCUGAGCGGUUUCCUUCCUCUCCGGCAACUGAGUUAGGAAGGACACCUGUAACUUUAGUGACUGUGUGUGUUGAUACACCAUCCAAAGUGUAAUUAUUAACUUCACUAUGCUCAAAGUGAUAUUUGAUGUCUUUUUUUUACCCAUCUACCAAUAGGUUCCCUUCUUUGUGAGGCAUUGGAAAACCUCCCAGGUCUUUGUGGUUGAAUCUGUGUUUGAAAUUCACUGCUCGACUCAGGGACCUUACAAUUAUCUGUAUGUGUGAGGUACAGAGAUGUAGCCAUUCAAACAUCAUGUUAAACAUUUAUUGCACGGAGUGAGUCCAUGAAAUUUCUGUGACUUAAGCAAAAAAAAAUACUCCUGAACUUUAGGCUUCCCAUAACAAAGGAGUUGAAUACUUAUUGACUCGACAUUCAAGCUUUUAAUUUGUCAUUUUUACCCAAAAAUCUAUUUAAUCUGUUUUAAAUUCAGGCUGUAACACAAUGUUGAAAAAGUCAAGGGGUGUGAAUACUUUCUGAAAGCACUGUAUUUGUUUCUCUGUAGCCUAUAGAUUAUUUUGUUUUUAAUACGUCCUGAGGCUUGAGGUUCAACUGUAGUUGUACUGUAUUGCCUUGGUGGAUUCAGAAUUUGCAGUUGCUCAUUUUUUGUUAAACUUUUUAAAAAUAUAUUUGUUGAACAGAAAUAAAGAAUUGUACAACCAUUU